CUUCCAUUUCUCCUCCUCGCACUCGAGAAGAGAGAGGAGAGGAUAGAUAUGGCGGCCGGGAGUGCCAGUGCCACAGCGUCCCUCUCCGUCGCGGCGGCUGCUGCUGUUGCUCUGUGCAUCAGGCAGCCAUUCGCUCGCGCUCCCACUUGGGCGGCCCCCUCCCAGCGGCAGCAACGACCCCUCCUCAAGCUCAGGCCUUGCGCCUCCUCUGUCGAGGAGUCUCAGCUAUUUGAUUUCAUUUAUGUUAAUGGAAACGGUGCGACAAUGGCCAUCUAUGAUGUAAUGCAGCUUGUGAGGGCAGAUGUCUCCACUAUUGGACUGGGCAUAGCUGGAUCCACAGCUUCUAUAAUCCUUGGUGGUGGCACAAAGGGCAAGCGAUUUGCCAUGCCCAACACCAGGAUUAUGAUCCAUCAGCUUGUGGGAGGUGCGAGUGGGCAGGCCUUAGAUGUAGAGGUCCAAGCUAAGGAGAUAUUGAGUAACAAGAGGAAUGUCAUUCGACUAGUAUCAGGCUUCACAGGCCGCACUCUAGAGCAGGUAGAGACCAUUACAUGGGUCCUCUUGAGGCUGUUGAUUAUGGACUCAUCGAUGGUGUGAUCGAUGGAGACACCAUCAUCCCACUUGAGGCUGUCCCUGAGAGGGUGAAGCCUAAAUACAACUAGGAAGAGUUGUAUAAGGAUCCAAAGAAGUUUCUUACACCAGAUGUCCCAGAUGAUGAGAUAUACUAGUCUAUAAGUAGUAUUUUGCACGAAGCUGAAGUCUGUUCAACAAGCAGUUGCUUUUGAUCUUCUGUAGCUGUUGUCAAACAAAGAUGAUGUAAACCUAGCACUAGCUGUAGCUUAUUAAUCUGGCUUACUGUCCAUGUUACUGGCUGAGUUUUGAUUUUGAGCAGGUAGAUACACCUGUUGGUUU